AUGAUCCUGCCGAAUGCGAUCAGGCAGACUAGCGAGCGUACUGCCUCGCACCAAGCCCAGCGCAUACCUACAGACUUUCCUCCAAGAAUGGACGAUCGCCGUCGCGAUUCCCGUCAUCCCAUGGACGUCGAUCAAGAACACCGUCGAGAAAAUCCUCAAGCAGUGCCCUUCGCCCCUCAUCAGGCUCAUCCCGCCCGAGCUGCCAGCGUUUCGGGCAUGUCACAACCUCUUCAAUAUCAGGGUAUGUGGGGUGCGCGGCGAUCCUCGAGCGAAUCUGAAAGGAUCAAUUCCAGACUACCGCCAGCUCGACGCAACAGUCGUGCUGCGGAGCUGCCUCGCGCGCUCGUGGACGCUGCACCAGGCACGCAUGCAAGCGUGCCCCGACGACCGUCUGAUGGCGAAUCGCGCCACGCUGCGUAUCCAGGCCCACCUCCUGUGCAUGGACAACGCACGUUGGCAUACUGCGCGCAGGAACGAUUCGCGCCGCGAUCCCCGCCACCUCGAUCUGAAAUGGCUCCGCCGUCCCGGGCCAGCGGCUCGCCCUCCACGGCUCAGCUGCGGCGUCUCAGGACCGUCAGCGGCGAUGGGUCCUCGCUCUCUGCGUCAGGUCUGCCAGCUUCGGCAGCGACCGUCCCUCGCGAAGCUGCGUGGGCCUACCAUCGUAAGCUUAGUGCUCCCGGAGAUACUCGUCAGCCCUUCCCGCCUCGCCGCUCCGUAGACGAUGUGGAUGCGGCGCAGCGCACCGCUCAACGUGCUCGGACGCAGCACGUCGGGGCCUCUCCAGCCGGUGCAGACUCUAAGCGUCACAUUUUGCCACCGUUGCCACCCGACUUGAUUGCUGGUAACGCCGCCUCCACUACGAGAUCCACUUUGCCACCUCUUCGGCCGCCGCCCGGCUUUCAUGCGCACUCCUACCACGUAUCCGAGCCACACGCCCGUGCGACGCAGCCACCGGGUCCUGGCAUGAAGAUACGCAGACCUUUGACGGCUGAAGAUCUCAACCACGGUCCGCCUGGUCCGUCGGCAACACGUUCAGCCCCCGCGCUGGCUGCACCAGCACUACCUGCGCAUCGUCGCAGCCCCUCCAGCGCGUCCGCCCCGCUCUCGCAGCAAGUCGCCGAACGAGCUGGCCACCGGCUGCCUAGCGGAACGUCUGCAAGCCUCAACAUGCACGAGCAAAGUUUCCCGUCGUACACGUACGAUCACGAAAUGGAAGACGUGUAUGGCGAUGACGUCGGUCAACCGACCCCUUCAGCUUCUGCCGGACCGUCUCGACCUAACUUGCAGCACAUCGUUGAUGUGAGGAGGCGAGGCGGCACGUCUGCUCAGCAGACGCGCCGAAUGAACCACCUCAUCAGCGAGCAGCGUCGUCGUGAGAGUAUCAAUGCGGGCUUUGAGGAGCUCCGAAAGGUAUUGCCCAACUGCCGCGAAGGCGGUGAGAGCAAGGCCACGAUCCUGCGCCGUGCCAUCGAUCACAUUGGCAAUCUCCAUGAGCUGGUGCACCGCCAGCAGCUCGCCCACCGCGAGCAAACAACGCGAGGGGAAGGCCCGGGAUCGCGUUCCAGAUCGCCUUCGGAUCCGCCACGCGGACCAGGGCGGCACGAGCGCGUGGGAUCGCAGCCUUCCAAUGCCAGCGGCAGUCAAGCCAGCAUGAGCAACGCCGGACCUUCUGCGAACGUCUUGUCGAUCCACACCAACAUGCAUUCCGGCCCUAUAGUGCGCGGACCGUCUGAUUGCUCGGUUGAAGCUUCGCCGGCCGACACUGUGACCACAGCGUACACGCCCCUCGGCAGCAGCCAAAUGACGAGCACGAGCAGCACGGCUAGCAGCUUGCCGUGGUCCACCAACGCCUCGCCCAUCAUGCCGAAACUCCAAUGCUUGACCAUGCGCUCCGCAUCUCGCGGCGUGACGGACCCAUCGCCGUUAAGUGCUGGUAAUGCGCCGCAUCGCUUCUUUGCUCCCUCGCCUAGGUCUUCUUUGGCUCCGCUGAACGUCGGCGGAGGGGUUGCUGCUCAAAGGAGGUCGCCUCUGAUCCAACGGAACACUGCUCUACCGGAGCUGCGAUCUGACCAAGGACAGAGGCUUGCGGGAGAUGCUACUUCGACGCAUAGGAAAGGCUUCGCCGCACCGAAGGAAGAAGACGGCUCUCUAGAGGGUAAGCCGCACGCGCUUAGCGAGUCCGACUUGCAUGAGCGACACACAUGCUCCGAGCUGAGAGUCGAGCACGGAGAAGAGCAGGCAAACGGGGAUGCUGGCUCGAGCGACAGUAGCUGGAUCUCCGUCUCCCCGGUCGAGGUUGAGGUGAAGCUGGACCGAUCUGAACGGAAACGCCCAGCGCCUUUGAGCGCAGAUGCGAGACGCUCGAGCGAUUGGGAGGCUCAUGCCCACCCGUCAAAGCGCAGACACAAAUUUGGACACGCAGGCUCGCCUGCCGCCAGUUCCUUGCCAAACACUCCCACUUCGGCCACCUUCGUGCCUAGGUCCAUGGUGCAGGUCUGA